AAACCCCUUUUCCUUCUGGCUGCAUCGUUCCUCCUCCCUUCCAUUUCCCUGCUUUUAACUCCCGCACCAAGUCAUUCUCCAUCACUUUCCCGAGAACUUCCUUGCAGAGAAAACCUCAGAAGCACUCCUCUCAAAAGAAAGAAAGACAGACCCGAACAUUCUGUCCAGAGUAAACGGCGUUGUCUGGAUGGGUUCGCUCUCAUCCUACAAGUCCAUGCUGGAACUCGAAGACGAAUGGUAUAAUAUGGACAAUCAUACUGCCCAAAACCACUUAACCUUCUCACCCAAUCUCGCUGACCAUGUCCCUGAGAGCCUAUUGCUACACCCAGCUGAUUCGUCCUCUUCUUGCUCUCCAGCUUCCUCUGUUUUCACCAACCUCGACCCUUCUCAGGUGCACUACCUUUUGCCUCCCAAACCAACUCCUUCUUCGCUUAUUAACGGCCUCUCGAAAAACCCUUUAGAGCAUGGGUUUGAGUUGGGGUGCGACGUCGGGCUUGUUGAAGCCCAAGCUUCCAAUGUUCCCACUUUUCUGAACAGGGAAGGUGGGUUUUUGAGCAACUUCACCGAUUUGAGCUCCAAUUCUCAGAUUAACGCUCUCGGUAUACGCUCAGAUUUCCAACUCCAGACGACGCGUCUGCUUACUUUUCCUGAAGCUGAUGCCGGGUUCGCGGGGUGUAAGGGUUUAGAUGAGGAUUCUGGGAAUGCUCUGUUUAUGAAUAGGUCUAAGAUUCUAAGACCGCUCGAAUCUUUCACUUCAACGGGCGCGCAGCCCACUCUUUUUCAAAAGAGAGCGGCUCUAAGGAAAAACUUGGCCGGUUGUGGGGGCAAUUUAGCGAUUUCGAAUGCUGUUGAGGGAGAUAAAGGGAAGAAAGAAAUGGGGGAACAGGGUGAGGGAAAUAGGAAACUGAGCAUUGGGGAUGAUGUGGAAGAUGCAAGCUUUGAUGGGUAUGGUCUGAAUUACGAUUCAGAUGAGUUCACGGAGAACGAUAAGGCAGAGGGCAAUGCUAAGGACAAAGGCGGGAAUAGCUCCAAUGCAAUUAAUAGUAUUACCGGUGGAGAAGAGCAGAGGGGGAAGAAGAAGGGGCUCCCUGCUAAGAAUCUGAUGGCUGAGAGGCACCGCCGGAAGAAGCUUAAUGAUAGGCUCUACAUGCUGAGGUCCGUGAUUCCGAAGAUUAGUAAAAUGCAUAGGGCUUCAAUCCUUGGGGACGCAAUUGAAUUCUUGAAGGAACUUCUGCAAAGGAUCAAUGACCUCCAUAACGAAUUGGAGUCAACUCCCUCCUGGCUCUUCACUGUCAGCUACCACAAGCUUCCACCCUUUGACACCCACUCUACCUACCCUACCCAGCCGAAUAAAGGAAGAGAUUUGCCCGAGCUCAAUGCCCAGCCCAAAUGGCCAAGCUGCAAGGUGGAAGUUAGGGUAAGAGAAGGAAGAGCUGUAAACAUCCACAUGUUUUGUGGCCGCAGACCUGUUCUCUUGCUCUCCACCAUGCGGGCUCUGGAUAACCUUGGAUUAGAUAUCCAACAAGCAGUCAUAAGCUGUGUCAAUGGUUUUGCAAUGGAUAUAUUUCGAGCUGAGCAAUACAAGGAAGAGCAAGGGCAGGAUGUCUAUCCCGAGCAAAUCAAGGCAGUGCUUUUGGACUCAGCUGGCCUCCAUGGAAUGAUGUAGCUGGAAAGUUUCAAGUCAACCUCACAACUGUACUUUGUAUUUCAUUGCUCAUAGUUAAGUUAAAUUGUACUGCUAUUUAAGUUAGCAAUUUCUCCAUAUUGAGUGUUAAUUAAGUAGAUUAGCUUGUAUCA